AUGCUUGAGCUCUACACCACAGCCCAGAUCCGGUUCUUGGGACGCAGCAACCUCUACCGGUCUCCGGUCAAGAGAGGGAUCGAGGAUGAUGCAGAAAUGCCUCUCGCCAAGAGGGCUCGACCUGACCUGCAGAAACCAACACCGACCCCAUUGGCUUUACAGAACCAAUCCGUCGUGUCGCCCGACGGGGAGGUGAUCUUGUCCCCAAUAGAGCCCAGGAAACGAUCACGAAUGCCAAAUCGACGGGGUAACGCAGCGCCGCGUGAAGAUGAGUCUCCCACAAUGUUGAGGGGUGCGACCGAUACCUCACAACCACCACCGCCAGUGUCAGAGGAGCAGAGCCCUGCUUCUCCCACCCCAAACCACGCUCCAGAACAGAAAGAAGUCGUCGAUCGGGCCACGAAGGAGUCACAGAUCAAGCAAUGGCUGAGAGGCAUGAAGGCGGCAUACACUCAAUUGACACCUCCGACUAGUAUAUCAUCCUCCAGCGUUGGUCCAACUAGUCCAGCCCCGCCGACUGCUCAGCCAUCCCCUACCCGUCGUGUCCCUGUUCAGACACCCAAGGAGGUGGAAGUAGUUUCGAUCAGCUCUGAUUCGUCAUCUGAACCACCAUCUGACCUCAUGUCCGACCAUUACUCCGUACACUCCUAUGUGUCUGCGCCGAAGUCCGCCUCGAAGAAGCAAGGGUCUGAAUAUGAGUCUGCCCAUGAACUUCUUUCCACGCACGAAGGAGCCCACGUCGAGGACGACAACGUCGGGGAGAUGACCAACGCCAAGGGCUCCGAGCCCGGUUCCCCUGUCCUCAAUAAGGAAGAAGAGGCAACCCCAAGGCGCCACCCGGCGCUUGACAUCUUGUCGUCAAUCUUCUAA